AUGGCUUCGAAAGAUGAUGAUGAUUCCAACAAAUUGACCAUUCUGGGCUUUGGCUCUCUCCUAUCGGAACGAUCCUCUCGCAUGACCUUUCCGGAAUUGGAAAACUUUCGUUUGGGCAGAAUACCCAAUUAUCGUCGUGUCUUUGGCCACGCCACUUCCAUCUUUUUCAAGCGAGGCAUUGCCAAUCAAGAUACCAAAGAAAUGGGCAGUUUGUCGGCCGAACAUGUUCCUGAAGGCCACCAGGGAUUCAUUUGUGCCGUAUUCGAAGUACCCAAUGCAGACAUGAUGGAAGAUGGUGUGCCCAGUCAAGCAUUCCUAGAACGAGAAGAAGAAUUCAAUAUUAUUGCUGUGCCCUACAGGGACUUGACGACCAACAAAGAGUCCAAGGGGAUUUUGUGUGCCAGAGGAAGUGACGAAGAAUUCCUCAAACGAUGGGGACAAGCACAUUUUGACAAGGAGUAUGCCCAGUAUGGAAUCCAAACGAUUUGGAAUUGGAAUGAAACUUCGGGACUGCGACCCUGUGCUACCUAUCUCCGACACUGUGCCUUGUCCGCAGAGAAAAUGGGCGAAGAAUGCUACAACUCGUUCCUCGAUGAAACCUUUUUGGUCGACCGAAAGACGACCAUUCGGACGUACCUCAAGGACAAUCCUCAAGUCAUGACGACAGAGCCACCUCCAGAGUUGGCAAUUCGCUACGGUGGAUAG